AUGGUGGCGCUGCUACCUAACUGGGCGGUCUACUUUUCAGUGUAUGACCAUUUAAAGCGGAUGUUAAGCGAGGCCAGCCAUCCAGGCGCAGUUCCCAGCAGUCACGAAGAAAAACCAGAGCCAGGUUCAGAGCAGCAGCAGCAGCAGCAGCAGCAGCUGUCGCUGGGUCGGAGUGUGCUGGCAGCAGCAGGGGCAGGCACGGCGACCGUCCUCGCCACCAACCCUCUGUGGGUCGUCAAGACGAGGCUGCAGACCCAAGCCAUGCGAACCAACAGACGGCCCUACAGGGGAACAUUUUCCGCCCUUGUGCGGAUUACCAGAGAGGAGGGGUUGGGAGGAUUGUACAGUGGGGUGGUGCCGGCACUAGCAGGCAUAAGCCACGUGGCCAUUCAGUUCCCCAUGUAUGAGUAUAUCAAGCAACAGAUGGCGUGCAGAGAGGGGUCAACAACCGACACUCUAACGGCCCCCCAGCUAGCAGCAGCCUCUGCCAUCUCUAAAGUCUUUGCCUCGACUCUCACGUACCCGCAUGAGGUGGUGAGGGCUCGGCUUCAGGAGCAGGGGAAGGACUUGGGGAAUGCACACCGUUACACUGGCGUGGGGGAUUGUAUAACGCGGAUAUUCAAGGAGGAGGGCAUCCGGGGUUUCUAUCGGGGCUGUGUGACAAACCUGUUCAGAACCACACCCGCUGCAGUCAUCACCUUCACAUCCUUUGAGCUGCUCAUUCGAACCCUCCCCACCAUCUUCCCCCCGGCAUCCCUAACUGAUGAUGGUUGUGAAGAUUUAUGA